ACCAAACUUUAUUUCUUGCAAGUGAAAAAUAAAUCAGUCAUGGAAAUGUUGUCUCUUGCUUUUUCUAUAGCUUUUAUUGCUCUCUCUACUUUCGUAUUACUCAGCCGUCGCCGCUCCGGCAGAGGUGCAAACCUCCCGCCGGGAAGCUAUGGUUGGCCGAUCAUGGGCGAAACCAUCGAAUUCUUGUUCGGCAAGCCGGAAAAUUUCGUCGGCGACAGGAUGAACAAGUACUCGCCGGACAUCUUCAAGACAAAAAUCCUGGGCGAGAAAACCGCCGUCAUUUGCGGCCCUAACGGCCACAAAUUCCUCUUCGCCAACGAGCACAAGUACUUCACCGCUUUCCGCCCCCACCCUAUGCAGCACCUAUUCCGCUCCUACAAGGCGGCGGCUGCGGCUGCUCCGGCUCCGGCGCCCCCACCACAAACCCAAGUCACGGACGAGACGAAAGCAAUCCGGCAACCUGGGUUCUUGAAACCAGAAGCUCUGAUGCGGUUCUUGCCGAAAAUGGAUUUGAUCACACAGCAACAGCUGCAAACCCAUUUCGCCGGCGGGGAAAGCGUGGUCAAAGUUCAUCCUCUGGCGAAGACUAUAACGUUGACUAUCGCGUGCCAUUUUUUUCUGGGAAUCAACAACCCGGACCGAAUAGCACGGCUGGUGAAAUACUUCGAUGACGUCACAGUGGGGAUGCACUGCAUCAUGCUGAAUAUUCCGGGCACAAUAUUUUACCGUGCAAAUAAGGCGGCGAAUGCGAUCAGAAAAGAAUUGAUAGCUGUGAUAAAGGAGAAGAAAGCGGCGAUGGCAUCCGGAGCUCCGUUGCAGGAUAUAUUGUCCCACAUGGUUGUCGCCACAGACCCGAGUGGAAGAUCCAUGCCGGAACCCGAGAUCGCCGACAAAAUAAUGGGACUGUUGACCGCCGGGUAUAGCACGGUGGCUACAACAAUGACAUUCUUGAUGAAAUACGUGGGAUUAAAUCCAGAAAUAUACGAAAAAGUUCGAGCAGAGCAAAUGGAGAUAGCAGGAGGGAAGAAGAAGAAGGAAGGGGAAUUGCUGGAAUGGGAAGACAUGGGAAAAAUGAAGUACACGUGGAAUGUAAUAUGUGAGACAAUGAGAAUGGUUCCACCUCUUCAGGGUACUUUCAGAGAUGUCCUUACAGAGUUCACGUACGCCGGUUACACUAUUCCCAAGGGCUGGAAGGUUUAUUGGACUGUGAGCACAACAAACACCAACCCUAACUAUUUCAAGAACCCGGAAACAUUCAACCCAUCAAGGUACGAUGAAGGUGAAGCCCCACCUCCUUACACUUACGUUCCAUUUGGCGGUGGCCCCAGAAUGUGCCCCGGUAAAGAAUACGCUCGUCUCGCUAUUCUGGCUUUCGUUCACAAUGUUGUCAAGAAUUACAAGUGGGAAGUCGUUGACCCCAACGAGAAAGUCGAGGGAGAUAUGAUGCCCGAGCCUCAGAAAGGCCUACCCAUUCGACUCUGCCGUCUUUAAUCAGGCCAAAUUAUUAAAGAAAUCCCAUUUUUCGUUAUGUAACAACUGAUUAAUUAUUAGAUAAGUUUGUUCAAUUUCAUCUACAGAACCGAAUAAAAAGGACUUUCGAUACCUUUUUUUCCUUUCUUUUCAUCUUUUGUUUUGACAUGAAUACAUUUCCAUGCUAUCUCCAAAUUAAACUUUGUUAAAGAUUAAUAUGUUUUGCUGUCCAAUUCAAUUCAUUCUUGAUUUUGCUCGGAUAGCUGUAAA